AUGCCAACCACACUCACCCUCCGCCGCAGCCCUUACACUGGCCCAACAGGCCGUUCAGGUGCCCUCAACAUUGCCUUCACCAUCCCCUCCAUUAUCCUUGCCAUCGCUGCUCUUCCCAUCAGCACCAUCAGGUACUUGUUUACCCGGCCCAAGGGAUUCAGCCUCAAGAUAUUUUUGAUUUUUCGCCUUCUGCGUUUCCUCAAUUUACUUGUGCCCAUCCUCCCGCCGCCUGAGAAGCGCAAGGCGCUCUGGGAGGGCCCCAAGACUGCCGGGACCCUCCCCGAGGUCAAGAUCGAGACGGUCAAGGUCGCUCCGGCCCCCGAAGCCUGGCGUGUCGGGUACGCUGCCGGUCCCAAUGUCGUAAAAGCCAUCGAGAUGCCGGGAUACAUCAUCACGCCGGCGGGAAUUGCCAGUGGCCCAGCACGCGACGGCGAAAAGAUUAUCAUGUACAUCCACGGCGGGGCCUAUGUACGCGGCCACCCGCUCUGGACCGCUUUCCCUCACCGCCUGGCAGCCGAGACUGGACGCCGCGUCUAUGGUGUACAGUAUCGCAAGACGCUCGACGACGCGACGGCCUUCCCCGGCCCCCUCCUCGACGCCCUCGCAGCCUGGGCGUAUGUCACUAAGGAGAUGGGAUUCCGGGCCUCCCAGAUCAUCUUAUCUGGCGACUCGGCCGGCGCUCACCUCUCGCUCAUGCUUGUCCGCCAGCUCCAGGCCCUCGGUGAGGCUCUGCCGGGCGGUCUGGCGUUUGCUUCGCCCUGGGUUGACUUUACCUGCUCGUUCCCAUGCUGGAACAAGCACACACUUGAUUACAUUACCAUAACCAAGUUGCGCAAGUGUAUCGACAGCGCGACUCGGCACUAUGCGGACGAAGUGAAACAGGGCGCAUUCUUCUCGCCCGUCAACGCUGAGGCUGGUCACUGGCGUUUCCUGAUUAACACGCCCGUGUUCGUGAGCUAUGGUGGUCUCGAGGUGUUCAUGGACGAGGAUGAGGCGUUGGUUGCGGCCAUGCGCGAGGACGGCGUGCAUGUGACGGUCUGGAAGGACGAGUACGGCGUACACGACACGCCUAUCUUCGACUGCGUCAUUCCGACAAAGUCCAAGGCUUUCACGCACUUCAAGGACGGUGUGCUCGACCUCUUGCGCAUCGAGGCUGCGGACGCUGAGGUCGUCCCGGCCUCACCCAAGACAAGCGAGAGUAGCAGCGUGCUCGUCGAGGCUGAGGCCAACCGCGAGGGUGAGGUUGACGACCACGACGAUGACCACACCGAGGUCGGCUUCGACGUCGACGUCGAGGACAAGGAAGCGUAG